AUGAAGCAGGGUCAGAUACAGAGCUUCCGCUCCAUGGAUCAGCUCGAGGCUGGUUCCCAGAAACGCCUCUCCGAGGAGGACAUCUUAUUCUUGACCUUGAAGGACUGGCGUCUUUUUGUGGAACUGCAGGAUAUCUUACAGCCUCUCUACAAGCAGUCGAUCCGCACCCAAGGGUGGCAAAAGAUGUGCCUCACGGAGCCCUCUAGGAGAUUAUAG